AUGUUGCCCUGGACUCGUCAAUUGUCACCAUGGCCGUGUUCCGUACCGAGUGCAAUUUCGCAGCCCAUCAGACUCGCUCUCGAGACUCUCGUGUUAGUGCUGCGCAACUCGUUGCUCUGUAUCGCCGUGGGUUGGCUGUUCGGCUACUGUUUUACUGUGGGGAACUUGCUCUCUGGAUCACCGCCAGCCCAGCAGUCGUACGCAGACUUUAGUGCUGCGAACAUUGCGUGGUUCUAUGGCAUCUUUUCUCUGUGCAUGGUGGUCUUGAUGGCUACGAAGCUGAAUAUCUUCCAGUGUACUAUGAAGUUACUGCGGCACAUAAUGCCGCAUCUCGUGCUGUCGUCGACUAUAGUCGUCGGGAGAGAUUUUGUCAUGUAUUCGAAGGUAUCCGAGUCGUGGCAUCAGCUCAAACUGUGCGUGUAUAUUGCGGCCUUCUGGGGCUUUUACAUCAUGGCGAUCGCUGACGUGUUCGUGCGGUAUAUUUACCGAACGGAGACUCCCAGACACCGACACUUCUGGAUGCCGUCGCUUCGUCGAUUCUCGAAAGUGUACGCCCGCAACCUACCAGUCAUGUUUUUCGCAAUGAUCUCUAUCGUAUAUGUCCACGUCAUGAGUCAGUUCGUUGCGCUACAAGGCCAGUGGGAGCUGCUAGGCUUUGCUAGCACCAGUAUCGCACUUAAAUUGGCACUACAAGAGCUUGCCAAAGCUUUGAUGAUUGCAGCACGCAAGCCAGUGUCCAGGAGAGUGAUGGUAACACUGGUGGCGACGCCAACGAUCCUUGUGGACACCCAAGUGCGCAUGCUGCUGCUUCGACAGUCUAGUACCAAUGUUUCCGUUGUUGGGUCUGUACUGCUCGCUGGAUUCGAAAUCGUUGUUCGUGCAGUCAAGUCAUUUAUUGUCCAGCGGCGGACUCGAGGACUUCCAAUCCCUCAGGACAUCUCUCGACGGUGGUCCAGCUUUUGUAAAGCUCGUAGAGAAGCUGAAGAGCGCCGGCUGAAGCGUCGAGUACUGCAUGCGGCCGAAAUCUACUCGGACAUGUACGCAGAGUACAUUGCUAUCGGUUGCUCUUACGCGAUUCUCUUUUUCUACCGAGAUCACCCGCAGUUUCAAUUCACUACGAGUACUCAACAGAAUCGCCAACUUGCACAGUUGGGCGCACUUCAGAUGGGGACAGAAGUAAUUGUGGAUCUCCUCGCAUGCGUGCUUGAAGCUGCUGAGGGCGUCGAAUUCAAGAGUUUUGACCAAAACGAUUCAUUCCUGGUGUAUUUCAUGGCGGUGCUGGCCUUCUCGAAUGUUGCCAUUUCUGCAGGGCUUUACAUGCGGUAG